AAUAACAUCCCGUCGCCAAUGAGCGACGCGCUUCAAUUUUGGCGAUUUCGCGCACCAAACAGCCCAGUUCUGCUCAGCGUGGACGCAACACAUUUGUUGCAAAUUCACUAAGCAAUCUCAAAUCUUUCGUUUGUAUAUUAUUUCAAAUAGAAUGGCAGUUGAGGAGACGACAGCGCCCCGUGAGUUGGUUACUACUGUGUCCCCUGACGCGCAUGAAGCCAUGGACUGGCUUUCCACUUGAGAGGAGGACACAUGGAGAACCCCGCGAAAUACCUCUCAGUGCACGAGAGCCACUCCGUCCGGUUACCUCUUGGGGAGAUUAUGUGGAACUCGACCGAAUCGGAGGCAACAUCCAACGGUGGAAAGGAAUUGGUCAUCCGGACAGUGACGGGCUGUUUGCUCUCCCUGCUCAUCCUAUGGACACUACUGGGCAACAUUAUGGUGUGCUCCGCCGUACUCCGAAUUCGGCACUUGCGAAGUAAAGUGACCAACAUUUUCAUCGUUUCUUUGGCUGUGUCGGAUUUAUUCGUUGCAGUUCUCGUGAUGCCAUGGAAAGCUGUGGCUGAGGUGGCGGGGUAUUGGCCCUUUGGUACUUUUUGUAAUUACUGGGUGGCUUUUGAUAUCAUGUGCUCAACUGCGUCCAUCCUCAACCUCUGCAUUAUCAGCGUGGAUAGAUAUUGGGCCAUAUCAAGUCCGUUCCGGUACGAGAGAAAAAUGACCCAACGAGUUGCCUUCGUUAUGAUAAGCGUCACGUGGACGUUGUCUGUACUUAUUUCAUUCAUACCAGUCCAACUGAACUGGCACAAAGCCAGCGAAGACGAAACAGUUGGAGUCCAUAACGCCUCCUUGGGUGAAGUAGAAGAAAACUGUGACUCUAGCCUCAACAGAGAAUACGCAAUAUCUUCAUCUUUAAUAAGUUUCUACAUACCCGUAGCAAUUAUGAUUGUGACAUACACGAGAAUAUAUCGGAUUGCUCAGAUCCAAAUCAGGAGGAUAGCUUCCCUAGAGCGCGCGGCGGAGCACGCGACAAGUUGCAGGGCCAACAACAGACUCGAGUGCCAACACCACAAUACCUUGAAAACGUCUAUUAAAAGGGAAACCAAAGUUUUAAAAACGUUAUCGAUCAUUAUGGGCGUCUUUGUGUGUUGUUGGUUACCUUUCUUUAUUUUGAACUGCAUAGUUCCAUUUUGUGAUAAACCACCGACUGACAAAGACGCAGGUCUCCCUUGCGUGAGCGAGACAACUUUUGACGUUUUUGUUUGGUUCGGCUGGACUAAUUCAUCCAUGAAUCCUAUUAUUUACGCUUUUAACGCAGAGUUCAGAAAAGCAUUUGCCAGUCUGCUGGGUUGUCGUAAUUUCUGCUCCAGAACACCCGUUGAAACUGUAAACAUUAGCAACGAGCUGGUCUCUUACAACCAGGACACCCUUGUCCACAAAGAAAUCGUGAAUGCCUACGUCAAUAUGAUCCCCAACGUAGUGGAAUGCAUUGAGCACGAGGACACGUUUGACAGGAUAUCACAGUUAUCUCACAACAAUGAAAAUGCCACCGACUCGGUUUGUGACUUGGAAGACUGUGAGGCAGAUAUUAGCCUCGACAGGAUGACACCAUUCACCCCCAAUGGUUUACAUUGAAUACACCUCGACAGGAUGACACCAUUCACUUCCAAUGGUUUACAUUGAAUACACCUCGACAGGAUGACACCAUUCACCCCCAAUGGUUUACAUUGAAUACACCUCGACGGGAUUACACCAUUAACCCCCAAUGGUUUACAUUGAAUACACCUCGACAGGAUGACACCAUUCACCUCCAAUGGUUUACAUUGAAUACACCUCGACAGGAUGACACCAUUCACCUCCAAUGGUUUACAUUGAAUACACCUCGACAGGAUGACACCAUUCACCUCCAAUGGUUUACAUUGAAUACACUUGUAACACCUCGUGCGUAAAAUGAUGUAUUGCUUCUAUCAGAUAUUUGAGAUGUUGUGUUGUUGUCCCAUGCUGAAAAGUGACGUAAAUUGGUGUCUUAUUACAUAAGAAAAGUCUAUGUUUAUUCAUUUAUACUAAAGUUAUGGCUUCUAAGUUCUAUGUAUUCGGAGCAGCAGGUGUAAUGCAACCAGUUGCUCUUAUUGACCAAGUGGGUUCUAUUUGUGGUGAGGUACCCAUUAUUGAGUUCAGAUAUUAUACUGCUUAUCAUUAUCACGCUCAAUGACAGCGUGACGGACUUUUACAGACUAUGGAAAAGGAGCAAAGCCUUUACAAGGCAGUGUAACCACGCACGUUCAUCACAUGCAGUUGUUUAAAACGCCUUAUUUAUUCUGGGAAAGAGUGCAAUAUAGUUUUGAACCAAGGGAAAUGUUACAGGAUUGUAAUAUGUUUAAUUUAAAUGAGGCCAAAAUAUUUAAAGUGCUCCUUUCUCUCUCUCUCUCUCUCUCUCUCUCUCUCUCUCUCUCUCUCUGUAUCUGUCUCUUUCUCUAUCUAUCCUGCUCUCUAUGUGUCCGUCUCUCUGUCGCACACAGACAUAACUGCACAGCAAAUUUGCCCACGCACACAUUAGACAAAGCAUUCUCAAUCUAAAUAUGCACAUAGAGCAGGCUUGCUUGACUUUACCCAUAAUAAAUCCACACCGAUUCAAAUCAAAUUAGGAACUGUUGGAAACCUUAAUUUGACUGAUUAUGGUGAACACCUGCUAAGUCCAAUAAGCUUAAUUAUUACUUAGUGGAUGUUCUAUUCUCUGUGUGAUAUUCUACCUCUCUAUUUGGUGAUACAAAUGGCCAAGAUGCACAAAUCCAACCGUCUCCAUGCGCCAAAGAAUGGCAUCCAUAUUAGGAAGUCCACCAGACAACAUACAUUAAGUUAAUUGACUUGAUGCAUCUCCCUCAUAGCCAGUUAAUGAUACACUUUUAAGAUCACAUAUGUCUACAAAUUAAUCAACAAUUCAGAUGAUGUACAAUGAGGUUAUACAUAAACUUGGUGAGAAACUCCACAGUGGGACCAUUGUCAGCUGGAUGUAGCCUACAUUUCACCUCAGCUAAUGUCCAUCUUUUGAUAAUGUACAAAUGGCAAUGAUAUUGAAUGUAUACUGUCAUUCAAACAGUGAA